CGGAGCAGGGGUUUGAUGGAACACUCCCGCGCUGGAGUGUUCCAUCGACGGAGCUUCACGCCCUGACUGCCUGCUGCCCUGCCAACAUCGCCAUUGCGACCCAGCAGCAUGUCUGAGGACGCAGCCGGAGACUCUGCGUCGGGCCUGCCCCCGGACACAUUGCCAGCGCUGAUUCAAGACAUCCUCGAGGACACGCUGUCGAACAUUGUCCUGCAGACUGCGCUAUCAUGCCACCGCGCCGAGAAGCUGCUUCGCAUGCAGUCGGCCGCCACACAAGCCGAGUCCAUCGCCCUCGCAGCCCUCGAGCCCGCGUCGCUGAAAGCCGGCGCGACCAGCCAGCCCUCGAUACCGAUCGCUGAGACGUCCGCCGCGAAGUACGAGAACGGCCGCGUCCUGCUCAAAGGCAACCCGCUCAAGACGACCCCGGAGAUCAUAUGUCCGCACUGCAAGCUGCCGCGCCUGAUGCACCCGAUCAUGGGCAAGGGCAUGCAGACGCCCGACCUGACCAAGGAGUACUGCAUGCUGUAUCCGUGGGUGCAGCGCUCAGGCCAUGAUGUCUACGGCAAUCCGUUCCCCACCGACAUGGCCAAGUCGAAGAAGGAGCGCGAGCUCAUCAAGCAGCAGCAGAAGAACGCCGACAAGGAGAGUGUCGGCACUCCGGGCUCGCAAGACACAGAGAUGGCCGGCGACGCCAAAGAGAUCAAGCUCAACACAGGCGGCAAGCCCGCUUCCUACAUCCCCUGGCACACCUGCCCGAACUGCAAGCGCUCGCUGCUCAUCACACGAUUCGCACAGCAUCUCGAGAAGUGCCUUGGCAUAUCAGGGCGCCAAUCAAGCCGCAACGCCAUGGCCAAACUCGUCGGUCAAAACGGCACUGGCUCAGGACUCGGCAACACGCCCCUCGGCAGCCGCAUGGGCACGCCCAACCCCGGCUCCCAGGGCGACGGAGUUGCUCUCAAAACCAAGGGCAAAGGCAUCAGCCCGAUGAAGAAAUUUGCCCAAGCCGAUGACGACGCCGAUGACCUCGCCGACGACACUCCUGAGCGCAAAAAGAAGAAGAAAUCCUCCUACAUCAAGAAAGCCGACCGCGAAAAGGGCUCCGGCUCCGCCAGCCUCAAAGUCAAGCUCAAAACCAGCCGGCCCGAGGCCGAGCGCAAGGCCAGCGAGACGAGCGAGCGCAGCGAGGGCAAGCGCGAGCGCGACGCCGACGAGGCCGAGGAGCCGCGCAAGAAGAAGAUCAAGCUCAGUCUGGGCGGCAAGGACCGCGCGAGCGCGAGUGUCGAGCCCGCAGACUAGGCUCCGGCGGUGUAUAUUACGGGCAUUUCAGGGCGUUUGGCAUUUUGCGGGUGAUACCAUUACGGCAGGGCGGGCAUAUGACCUGCGGCGUUUGGACGUUUCCUUGUUUCGCUUCACGACGCACUCUGGGAGUGCGAUAGAGGGACAUGAUAGUGUAAUGACAGCACGUUGAACUGGAUACGAUGCGUAGCCCUACUAUUGCACAUCACCGCGCCGCAAAAAUUUGGCGAAUGCGCACCCAGACUGUUGACUUGAUGCGCAACGUCCCACAAAAAUAGCCCCCGUGCGAGACUAAGGGAGUGUGGCUCGAGACUGACACACGCGCAAAAAAGAUGAUUCGACCCAGACUUGAACUGGAGACCUUCAGUGGACCUAACAGGUGAAUGUUAGACUGACGUGAUAACCAACUACAC